AUGUAUGCACAGUUUAGGAGCUUGGGCUAUGGUCGUCUAGAAAAAGUUUGGCCGACCCUCAAUCCUACAUUCUGGAGGAAGGGGAGUAGUGCUGCUUUCUGGACUCACGAGUGGAACAAACAUGGGAUUUGUUCAAACUCCACUCUCAACGCCUUACAGUACUUCCAGUCGGCCAUUGCUCAAAAGGAUAACAUCGACCUUCUCCAGGCUCUCCGAGCUGCCCCGUACAACAUAAAUCCCAGCCCUAACAUCAAUUACAGCAGAUCAGACAUCGAGAAAGCCGUGAGCCAAAGGAUCGGAGCCCAGGCUUACAUUUCAUGCGGAUUACUCCGCAACAGCGUCCCUCUUCUUUAUGAGAUAUAUAUUUGUCUCGAUUACCAUAUGACAAACUAUAUCAACUGUCCACAAUACAAUUAUGGGAGGCAGUGCCCUGCAGACGCCACACAUCCAAAUAUCAAUUUUCCUCCGUAUUAAUCGAUCUAGUGUCUGUGAUGGGUUAGCUAGGUUGCUUUGUUUUGGCUUGCCGAUCACUGUGUUGUAAGGUGGUGUACGUUUGUUGUGUCUCGACUCUGGUUGGUUUAGUGUUGUUUGUUUUCCAUGUACAUAGUUCUGCUGUUAUAUAUAUGUGUGUGUGGCCUUGGCUUAAUUUAUAUAUUAAUAUAUAAAAUUAUGA